CAAGCUGUGGGUAAAGUUCACCUGUGAACAUUACACCUGACGACCUGACCGGGCUCACUCUAUAAAUAACCCUGACAUGACGCAGUCCACCUGGACAGAGGUUUGCCUGCGAGGCAGAGCUGAGGUAAAAUAAAGAGGCUCCUGGGAGGCGUCGGGCCUCAGCUGGGCCCCGAGCGUUAAUUAAAAACACUGACGAUCCCCCGAGAGGAGAAGAAGAAGAGUGUUUAUAGAAACCUGCACGGUCCUCCACUACAGAAGAAGAGGCUGGAAGGAGCUGUGAGCGGCUGCAGGUGUGUGAUGACAUCAUGAGUCGGUGGCGUCGGUCGGUGGACGAGCUGGCAGUGCGGCGCCGGCAGCAGAGCGAGUGUGAGCGCGCGCAGGAGGCUCUCAGUCGGGUCACUUCCUGUUUCCAGCAGCUGGUGGCGUCGCUCGGUGGCUCGGCGGACUGCAGCUUCCUACGAGACGAGAUGGAUGAGACGAGGGCACUCGCUCACCGGAUCUGCAGUGGUCUGUCUCGGCGUCUGGUACGUCUGCUGUCAGACUGUGACUCCGUCCCCUCAGGUGUAGAGGAAAGACAGGUGUCGGAGCGUCUCUGGGUUCUCUUCCUGUCAGCGUUGGAGAACUUCCUGUCUGACCUCCGUAAGGCGAGGGAUCUGAUUGGACAGUUCCCUCUGACUCAGCGCUACGAUAGGCGCUCGUUGGUCAACACAGGAUGUAUCGAUGGCGUGGUGGGCGUGGCAGCCCGAGUGGCUUUAGUCCAGGUGCCUUGGCUCACCUUGGAGGAGCAACCGAGUCCUGAUCUGACCAAUCACAUCACGGGACUGGAGGCCAUGCUGAGUGAGAUGCAGCUGAGGGUGCCCGUUGCAUUCUGGAUGGUGGAGGCGACGCAGCCGGCCUGGGCCGAAGCUCGCGGUGAGCUGGACGAGCCGGACGUCAGCCUGGAGGACCUGAUGGAGGUCGAGGUCGUCUCCAACAACAACAAGAUGGCCGCCUGCUGCCAGCCGCCGUGCUGCGGACUGGGCUGUGUUGGGUAG